GGGGAGAGGAAGAGUGGUAGGGGGAGGGAGAGAGGGGAAGUUUCCAAACUUGUCUCCAGUGACACGAGACAUUUACGCUCCGCCAGAUAAAACUGCCACUUGGAGUCCAGGAGCGCUAAACCUUCCCGGGUUGGCCUGGGGGCUCGAGCAGAGCCAUGGGUGCCCUGGCCCUGCAGCUGUGCGCUGUCUCCUGCCUGGUGGUUCACUGGGUUUCUGGCAGCCCCAUCUUGAGCCUGGAGCAGUCGCCUCUGGAAGAAGACAUGCCCCUCUUUGACGAUGUCUUCUCAGAGCAAGACGGUGUCGACUUUAACACACUGCUACAGAGCAUGAAACACGAGUUCCUCAAGACGUUAAAUCUGUCUGACAUCCCGAUGCAAGAUUCAGCCAAGAUUGACCCACCAGAGUACAUGUUGGAACUCUACAACAAAUUUGCCACAGAUCGGACCUCCAUGCCUUCUGCCAACAUCAUUAGGAGUUUCAAGAAUGAAGAUCUGUUUUCCCAACCAGCUAGUUUUAAUGGGCUCCGAAAAUACCCUCUCUUCUUCAAUGUGUCCAUCCCGCACCAUGAAGAGGUCAUCAUGGCCGAACUCAGGUUGUACACCCUGGUGCAAAGAGAUCGCAUGAUAUAUGAUGGAGUGGACCGGAAAAUUACCAUUUUUGAAGUACUAGAGAGCAAAGGGGAAAAUGAGGGCGAACGAAGCAUGCUGGUCUUGGUGUCAGGGGAGAUCUAUGGAACCAACAGUGAGUGGGAGACUUUUGAUGUCACCGAUGCCAUCAGACGUUGGCAAAAGUCAGGCUCAUCCCUCCACCAGCUGGAGGUCCACAUAGAGAGCAGGCAUGAUGAAAUGGAGGAUGCCGGCAGGGGACAACUGGAAAUAGACACCAGUGCCCGGAAUAAGCACGUCCCUUUGCUUGUCGUGUUUUCCGACGACCAGAGCAGCGAGAAGGAGCGGAAGGAGGAACUGAGUGAAAUGAUCGCCCACGAGCAACUCCCGGAGCUGGACCACCUGGGCCUGGACGGCUAUUCCAGCGGACCCGGGGAAGAGGCUCUGCUGCAGAUGAGGUCCAACAUCAUCUACGACUCCACUGCCCGCAUCAGGAGGAACGCUAAGGGAAACUACUGCAAGAGGACCCCGCUCUACAUCGACUUCAAGGAAAUUGGCUGGGACUCUUGGAUCAUCGCCCCGCCUGGAUAUGAAGCCUACGAAUGCCGUGGUGUUUGCAACUACCCCCUGGCAGAGCAUCUCACCCCGACAAAACACGCAAUUAUCCAGGCCUUGGUCCACCUCAAGAAUUCCCAGAAGGCUUCCAAAGCCUGCUGUGUGCCCACCAAACUGGAGCCCAUCUCCAUCCUCUAUCUAGACAAAGGCGUCGUCACUUACAAGUUCAAGUAUGAAGGCAUGGCCGUCUCCGAGUGUGGCUGUAGAUAGGAGAGGAAUCCUGUGGCUUAUUUAAUAACUGUAAAUGUGUAUAUUUUGUGUUCCUAUUUAAUGAGAUUAUUUAAGAAGGGUGUACAGAUCAUAGGGGCUUGCUGCCUUAGGGAAUUUUGACAGAUCGGUUUGUUCAGGAAAUCACAUAAUUUACAGUCUAGUCCCUUCCAAUCUGUUUUCCUUUGGACUUGCCAUCUCCUGGCAACACCCUCUCUAACAGCGAGCGGCAAGCCCACACUCCUUGUUCUCUAUGUCAGUUUGAAAGAAACACCCCUAAGCAGAAAUACGGUGUCAAGAGGCAGAUAAUGUGUAUGUAUAUGUGUACAGAGAUAAACUUAUAAAACCCUUUCGUUUCCAGAGAGGCAGAUUCUACUCACACACAUGCAUGGCUGUAUCAAAUGUGCAUGUGUUGAAAGCCAGUGGUAUGUUCUCGGUCCGCUCUUCUCUGAGUAGCAGUUCCAUCAAGGUAACUGGCGCCAGGAAGUUCAUCAUUCCAGGAAGCCCUCCAUUUCCUAAAUACUAUUGGAAACGUAGGUGUCACUUUUGUCGGUUGGGUUUUACCAUCACUCACAGCAGCAGGGCCUGGGGAAAGCAGGCUGCAUGUUCGAGGGGAGGGGUUAUUUGAUACAGAAACCAAAUGGCUUCAAGAGGCCGUGACCUUAAGGGACAACAGCAAAAGGAUGAACCCACAGGGGACCCAUGUGCUGUGGAGGGCAGUGCCUGGUCAAGGAAGGAAAAGAGAAGGGACUUCAGGGUGACAUCCGUUUCUGAAGCGGUAGGAAAGCAAGGCCACGUGUGUUGGCCUUUAUGGCUGCAGAGGGUACCAGCGGUGGGAGGAGGCUCGUAGGGGCAGAGGGGCAAAGGGUAGAGAUGCUAUCCUAGGAUAUGUUUUGCAAAAUAGUAAGCAGUUCUAAGUGGAGAGUUAAAUAUCUUGGACAAAAUAAAGUUACCAAAGACCAAGAAGAGGAAAAUCAGAAGGGACCUGUUUGUUGGACAAUCCACUUCUUGUAUUUUUCUUCAAUUCCUCAUGUGUCUCCCUUGCCUCUGAACCUCUGCUCCUGUUUAUUUCCACCUUUGCCCUCCUUCUCUCUUUUUUGCCGCAGGGCCUUAUGCCCUUCUCCCAUUCCU